UCAGGGUCAGCCAUCGCAAUGACAUUGUAGCAACCAGAGAAGAAGUCAGAGCUGUAAGCAACGCCGACGUUGCCGUCAACAUGUCGUCCAGCAACGCAAGUUUCACGGAGGAGCGGCAACGCCGAGGGGCGCAGCAGGUCCCUCUCGGCAUGGAUUACAUCCCCACAGAGGAGGAGAAGAGGGUGUUCAAGGAGUGCAACCAUGACAGCUUCUGGUACAGGUCGGUGCCUUUCUCUGUGCUCAGCAUGGCGCUCACUCAAGCUCUCGUUACAAGAGGGAGUCUGUCUGCGUCCCCGAGGUUUGGCUCUAUACCCAAAGUGGCCUUUGCCGGCUUCUGCGGUUACCUGGCUGGUAAAGUGUCGUACACGAAGACGUGCCAGGAGAAGUUCAAGAGGUUGGAGAACUCUCCUCUGGGAGAGGCACUCAGACAGAGGACAGGGCUGCCUCAACAAUAUUCCAGGGCUCCUCCGUCAGAGAUGAGCGAGCCAGACAAGCCGUCAUUUGACAGCAUGUUUCAGUCAGCUGAUGCGCCGAGCCAGAGAGGUACAGAACCAGCAGCGUACCUGGACAGGUCAGACGACUUCAGUGCUCCAGUGGAGUCGUACGUGGAUGAAGAGGAGCCCAGGAGGAAGGCCAUCCUCUAUGAGGACCUGAGGCUGAAGAACAGAGAGAACUACGAGGUGACGCUCACUCAGAAGGCCGAGACGCUGGUCAAAUCAUCGCCUGAGAAAGAGCCGAAAAGACCCAAGAAAGAAACAAAAAACAUCUAUGGAGACACCUGGGAGGAAUGAGUAAUCAGCACGGCGGGCAGAUCCGUGGCCACGUCGCUUCAGUUUGACUUCACCUGUGUACAAGUUUAUCAGUGUCUGUGGAAGUGAGUCGAUUAAACCACAAUACAUGAGAA